CUCACCGCUGCCCGUCAUGGAUUGGACGACGAUCGAGAGCGACCCCGGGGUCUUCACCGAGCUCAUCCAGGAGAUGGGGGUGAAGGGCGUGCAGGUCGAGGAGCUGUACGCGCUCGACGAGGACCUGCUCAAGUCCAUGGCUCCCGUGUACGGCCUCAUCUUCCUGUUCAAAUGGCGCAGCGGCGAUCCCCCGAGCGCGCCGGUGGAGACGGACGCGAACGCGAACGGCGUCUUCUUCGCGAGCCAGGUCAUCACGAACGCGUGCGCGACGCAGGCGAUCCUGUCCAUCCUGAUGAACUGCCCGCCGAGCGUCACGCUCGGCGCGGAGCUCGCGAACAUGAAGGAGUUCACCGCGGAGUUCGACGCGGACUUGAAAGGGCUCGCCAUCUCGAACAGCGAGACGAUUCGCAAGGCGCACAACUCGUUCGCGCGCCCGGAGCCCAUCAUGGAGCCUGAGAGGGAGGCGAAAAAAGACGACGACGUGUUUCACUUCAUCGCGUACAUGCCCGUGAACGGCGUCUUGUACGAGCUCGACGGCCUGAAGAAAGGGCCGAUAUCGCACGGCGCGUGCACGGACGACGAUUGGAUGGGGAAGGCGUGCCCGGUGAUUCAGUCCCGGAUCGAAAAGUACGCCUCGAGCGAGAUUCGAUUCAAUCUCAUGGCGUUGAUCAAGAGCAAGCGAGACGCGCUGGAGGAACGCGCUCAGACCUUGGAGGGACGGAAGCAGCGGUGUCUCAGCGCGUUAGGCGGCGGCGGCGGCGGGGGCGGCGGCGAGGGGAUGGACGUCGACGACCCGGACGGCCCGCUGCCGGUCGGGGACGACGCGCUGAACGCGGAGGUGGCGAGGAUAGAAGUCGAGAUCGCGCGAUCGAGAGGGGAGGUGGAGGCGGAGCUGGAGCGGCGGGGGCGGUGGCGGGACGAGAACAUCCGUCGGAAGCACAACUACAUCCCGUUCAUCUUUAACUUUCUCAAGGUGCUCGCGGAGAAGAAGAAGCUGGAGCCGCUCAUCGAGAAGGCGCGGGGUAAGGGCGCGUGAGAGAGAGAACGAGUUGAGCGAGCGCGCUAAAAAGCGAGUCGUCGUUUUAACGCGACGACGAUUCCUUCCUUCC